AUGUUAAGCACAAACAACAAUCAAUUGUCUUUUGAUUUUGCCUUAUCUAAAGAAUUUAUUAAAGGUUUGACGAAUACAGGAUUUGGAGUUUGGAUGAAUUAUUAGCCAUUGAAUUACAAAGUAGAAUAAUGUAUAAAAAUAUUUGAAUUUUAUUUUAGACAAUAGGGUCUCUUAAAACAUCAGUUUUUUAAAUAAAUAAAUUCUUAUAGAAGGAGGACAAUUUAUAUAUUCAAUAGAACAAAGUCAUGAUAACUAUAAGUGGUUAGUAGUUUCUGCUGAUAUUGAUUCAAAUAAAUAAAAAAUUAGUCACAAAGUUUUUUACUCUUUUAAAACUUUAAGUAACACUUUGUCAUUCGAAUUUGAUAAUUUUUUAUAUGAAGGAUAAUGGAUAAUGUUUUAUUGUUAUUUUAACAAUAUAUUAAGAUAAACUCAAAUUGGAUUUUACAAUAUUUAAGAGAGUUUAUCUAUUUAAGUUGUAAAUGAUUUACCUGAAUAUGUAUAAAAAAUAAAACAUAAUUUGGGAAAUAUUUAUUCAUACAAAAAUUAGGACGAAAAUUUAAUAUUAUUAAAUCAAUUCUAGGGACUUCUAACCAGCGUUUUUUCAGGUGGUUAGGAGAAUGUGUUCUUAGAUUUAGAUUCAUGUUUAUAAGAAUUUUUUAGUUAUCCUAAAUGUUUAGAGGUAAAUUAUAGGAUUGGUGAAAAAACUUAAAAUUAAGAAAUGGAUGGAAGUUAAUAUCUUAAAAUUGAAUCUUAGAAUUUUGAAAGCCCAAGAUAUGUUUUGAAAGGAUGGAUUAUGUUAAAAUAAUCAAUUAAGACUUUUUAAGAGACUACAAUAUUUAGAAUAACUAUUAAUUAAGAUUAUACUGAUGAUUUUAAAAUAGGAGAUAGAGAUCUAUUAUUAAAAUAUUAUUAAAGUAGUAUACCUCCCAAGAAUGGAUUUUAAAUAUCAACUUACUCAUAUGAAUUUCCUAUAAAAAAGAGAUACAAGACAAAUGAAGAUGAUCAAAUUAAUUAAUUUGGUAACGAAUAUUAAGAGUUGUUAAUACUAUGGCAUUAUUUUUAAUUUGAAAUAGGAACAAAAAAUAAUAAUGAAUAGCCAAUAUUGUCUAUCUUUUUUCCUUCGAUUGAUUAAGUUCGCUAUUUUACAUGGAAUAAAACUAUACGUCAUUUCUCUGGUACUAAAUUUUAUGUUUUUUUUGGAGGUGAUGAUUAUACUAUAAAUUAUUUAAGAGGAUCUAUAAGGGAUAUUGAAUUUUAACAAUUAUGCAAACCAUAAAUUAUUGAAUAUAAACCUUCAUGUCAUUAUUCUUGUUUAACAUGUGAUGGACCAACAAAAUAUAAUUGCCUAACUUGCCCAUAUCAAAGUUUUAGAUAACUUUCAAAAAAAGAGAAAACUUGUACUUGUUAAUAAAAAUUUGUUGAUAAAGUAGAUGUUUAAGAAUGUUAAUCAGUAAUUUAAGCAUUUCCUCAGAUAUAGAUUUAAGAAAUAGAACUAAAUUGUUAGCUAUAAGGUUAUAGCAAUUGUAAUUAAGAUAAUAUCGAAUGUAAUUUUGGAUAUUUCGAAUAUUAAAAUAUGUGUGUUUAAUGGUAUUAUAUAUUUAGUAUUAAAGCCCUUAUUACUAUGAAGUGUAUUCUGGUACUUAAAUAUCUUGUUUGGAUUGCUUCAUAUCACCAAAAUAAUUUAAAAUUACAUUAACUUGUAAGAUGAAAGCACAAACUUAUUACUUAAAUUCAGACUACUUAUAUUAAGUUCAAUAAAGAGUAUAAAAUGAUUAUCUAUUCUAUGAAAUUUAAACAAAUAUAGAAGGAACUCAUGAACUUAAAUUGUGUCAAGGUUGUGUUAGUUAAGAAAAAUGUAAGAGUGGAUUCUAUUUAGAAAAUACAGAAUGUAGGUCUUGCUUAUAUGGAUGUUAGACUUGUUAAAAUUCAUUUGAAUGUGAAGCUUGCUUUUCCAAUUUUUAUCUAAGUAAGGAAAAAUUGUGCAUUUAAUGUUAAGAUUGUUUAAAUUGCUACUAUUUGUAAGAUGGAAUAUGUUAUUGUGUCAGCUGUUUAGAAAAUUCAAUAAUAAUUAAUAAUAAAUGUAUAUCUUGUGGGGAUUAUUGUUAGGAGUGCGAUGGAUCAAGAUUUUGUCAUUAUUGUAUAGGGUCACCUUAGUAAUAUUAUUUAUCUAUGGAUGGAAAGAAUUGUGCUUAAUGUAAUAUUGAAAAUUGUAUUUACUGUUUUGAUUACAUUCUUAGUGGUGAUCUAUUACAAACAAAUUUAGAUAUCAAUUUUAAAGUGAUAGAUAGCAAUUUUCAAUAAAUAAAUGUAGGUUGUGCACUUUGUAAAGAGAAUCACCAUUACAAUUUUAACAAUUAAAAAUGUGAAUUAAAAUUUAUAGAUGAUGAUUGUUAAUUUGCCAUUAUCUAAAAUGAAAAUUAAAAAAGGACCUGUCUAAUCAGCAUAAUUAAUGAUGAUGCUAUUUAAGUAUCUAAUUGCUUAAUGAUAUCUAAAUGUAUUUCAUGUAUUCACAAUUAUACAGAAAACGAAUCAUUUUGCAUAAUAUGUGAAGAUGGAUAUUAUUCAGCAGUCCUUACUGGUAAAUGUAUUUAAUGUGGUCAAAUUUGUAAGACUUGCAUUUAAUAAAAUAAAAAAUACAGAGAUUAUUGGAAAUGGAGUAUAAAAGCUUUUUAUAAAUUUGUUAUUAAUCCUAAUAAUGACCAUCCAUUUGAAAAUUAUGCAACAACCUAUUCUGAUACAGAUUUGAAUUUAGUAUGCACAUCAUGUCAUUAUGGAUAUAUUUUAUAUGAUUAAUAAUGCAUACAGGGUUGUGAUUAAACUUGUAAUAUAUGUGAAAUUAUUGAUGGAAAAGCUAUGUGCAUUUAAUGUUUGGAAACUAUUUCUGGUUUUAUUAAAAGUUCAAAUAACAAUCGAAGCUGUAUGCAAUGUCCUUCUAAUUGUAAAGCCUGUAUAGAUAGAAGUGAAUCAGAAAUAUACGAAGUUAACCCUUAUUUUAUUUUAACUGAUUAAAAUAAAUUUUAGACUCGAAUAUGUUAUGAAAAAUCAUAAGCUAACAAUACAUAAGAAAAAUUUUAUUAUGAUUCAUUUACAUAAACAGUAGUUGUUUGUAACAAAUAUGAUUCAUGUUACAAUAAAAUUAUUAUUCUUUAAAACCUUUACUGUGAUGCUUCAACUUAUUUAGAAUAGUAAUAAGAAUCAAAUGAUCAAUAUUUUGAGAGCAAAAAUGUUAUAAUAUCAGACUUUUCUGGUUAUGGAUAUUUUGAUUAGUUAGAGAAAUCUUAAUUUUUUGAUUAUUUAAAUGAAAUUUCAGCAAGACACAUUUAAUUCGAAUAUACCUUGAUCUAAGGUCCAAAUUAACCAUGUCUAUUAAAAAAUAAAUAGAUUUUUUCUACCCUAGCUUAAUACGUAUUUUCCAUAUAAUAAAUUGAUAUUAAAUUUAAAGGAAGAUUAUUAUAGUCAACCCAUUCAAUAACUUUAACUAUCAUUUCUUAAUUAAAAAUUAGUAACUUUACAACCAUAAGUUUUGAAAAUAUCAAUUUUUAUUUUGGAGACAAUCAAAAAAAUUCUUUAAUUAUUAAUUCUGCUAUUUAUAUUAAUAAUUUAAAUAGCAAGACAACUUUAAACCUAACAGACUGUAAAUUUGAAAGUGAUAGUGCUAUAACAACUGGUUAAUUCUUUAAAAUUGAGUCAAAUAUCCCUUAUUCCCUAUAAAUAACAAACUUUGUAAUUACUAAUAUUAAUAUGUAUUAAUCUGAUAUUUUUACUUUUAUAUCCUCUAACAAACCUUCUUAAAAUUACGUUAAAAUAUCAAAUAUGAUAAUCAGAAAUUCCAUUUUUACUAAUUCUACAUUAUUUAAAUUCGAAGCGAAAAUUAAUUAUCUUCAAUAUUAAUCCAGAUUAAUAAAUAUUAGUAUUAUUGAUACUACAUUUAUUUUCUCUAACUUCUUCAUUUGUAAUGGUUUAUUGAAUUAUACAAUAGGAACUUUACAAAUUCAUUCAAUGUCUUUGUACAACACUAAAAUUUUGCAUAAUUCAAGCAUUUUUUUUAUACCAAAUAUUGAAUCAGCAAUUAUUACCUCGUUUAGUUUAAUAGAUUCUCAACUUAAAGAUAAUUCAUUAAUUUAUUCAAGUAAUGUGAUAAAUUUAUAAGAUUGUAUUAUAAAUCAAACACUUAUAGAAUCAAGUAGUUUAAUAAAUAAUAAAGUUGAUUACACAAAAUCUAAAGUAGCUUUAAAUUAUUCAUAGACGAUUUUACUGAAGAACUUAUAAGUUUUAAAUUGUAAUUAUAAUAACAAAUAGCAAAUCAUAAGCAUUCUAAAAUAUGAUGAAAUAGAUAAAUUAAUAUUUAAUUUGACUAAUUUCAAAAUGUAAAAUUGUAUAUCUAAUACAAAGCUAUAAAAUACUUAGGUUUCUUUUGAUUAAGUAAUGAUAUAUAUUGAAUGUCAACUUUGUAAUUUAUAAAAUGUAUAAAUAUAGAGAGGAUAUGGAUUCCCUGAAAUGACUAUAAUUAAUUCAAAUACUCUAGAAAUAAGAAAUUUUUAAUUCUCUUAGGAUCAAAGAUAUUUUUCAAAUGUUUUACAUUCAACUAUAGAUUGUGUAUCAAAAUUUGCUAUUUUGGAACUAUAUUUCUUUUUGUAUGUUGGUUAAUAUAAAAGUAUUGUUAUUGAUAAUUUAAAUGUUUCAAACUGUUUAAGUUUCAAUACUCCGUUGGUUAUUUUAAAAGGUUAUGAUUUAAUGCAGAGUCUUGUGGAAGAAAAAAUAUAUAUUCUAGAUUCUUAAUUUAGUUCAAAUUUACUAAUAAUCUCAACAAGGAAUAAAAAUACUGCUAUAGUUUCCAUAGAAUCAAAAUAAAAAGGACUUAUAACCAUAUUUAAUACAAUUUUUUCAUAUAACCAUCUAAAUCAAUAUAAUUAAACCUUGUCUUAGAUUUCUUCCACUACAUUAUUAUUGUCUUUAAAGUAUGGAAAUGUUAGUCUAUUGAAUUGUUAGUUUUAUUAAAACUUGGUAACAAACUCAACUGAUUCAAUCUUAUAUAUUGAUUCAGAAUAACUAUAUAUUAAGGAUUCCAAUUUUAAAUACAACAACAUUAUAAAUUACACUUUAUUGAGUAGAUAUACAUUAUUAUCAAGUACUUAAAAUAUAACUUUAAUUAACUUUUAAUUCAUAUUUUCAAUUAAAUCAAGCAGUGGGAAUGGUAUGAUAAUAUCUAAUUUAAUAGUAAUUGAAAAUGUAAAAAUAGAUUCCUCUAAUUCUAUUUUUGGAGGUGGCUUUUAUAUAAUUACAACUGGUAUUAGCAUUAUUAAUAUUACUAAUUCAGAAUUUUCAAAUACUAAAACCACUCUAUCCUACUUAUAUUUUUCUAAAGGUGGUUGUUUUUAUAUUGAUGCUGGUUCAUCUGAAUUAACUCUAAACAUUAAGAAUGUUACAUUUAAUACAUCAUUUAGUAGAUAUGAUGGUGGUGCAAUUUAUAUAAUUCCAUCAGAAAUUUCUAAUAAAAUUGAAUUUGAUUAGUUGAUUGUUUAGGAUUGCUUUUCAAUUUAUAAUUAAUUUUUUUCAUAUGUUCUUUCCAAAAAAGAAACUGUCUUAUCUUAGAUUAUUUUUAAAAAUAUUAUUUUCUAUUCAACUUAAGAAGGACUGGAAAAUUAUUAUUCAUAUUUAGAUGGUAUAACUGAAGAUGAUGUUUAAAACAUUAUUAAGUCAAAUCCAUUAGUUUUUAUUUAAUAUGGAAACUUUAGUAUAUAUAAUUGUACUUUUCAAUCAAUUUAUAUGUAAUUUUUACUUAAAAUUGCACACGCAUUAAAUUUAUUUAUAUUUUAUUUUGUUAUUAAAAACAAAGUAAUUAAUUAUAUUUGAAUGUUUGAAAUAAGAAUCAACAGUAUAAGCUUAGCACAUUUUAUUAUCAAAUAUAAAGAUUAUCAAUUGUACAAUAGGAUUUUCACCUCUAAUUCAAUUAAACUUAAGAUAAUGUAAUUAUAUGAUAAAUAUUCGUAGUAUAUGCUGGUAAUUUAUAAAUAUUUGAUCUUUAAAUAACUUAAGUUUAUCAAUAAAUAAAGACUGAAAAAAGAGAGUGUUUAGCAGUUUCUACAACAUUUCUGUUUUAGUUAGAUUGUCCUCUUAAAAUAACUUAAAUGAAUGUUUAAAUUAUAGAACAUAUUGAUAAUUAAUCAAAAUUAAAUCAACUAAUUUGUAAUCAGUUUAAAAUUUUUAAAGAUUUAUAGUAUACUUUUAGUUUAAUUGAAAUAGAACAAAUUAAUGUUGGACAAAAAUUAACAAUAGAAAAAAUGUAUAUUUAAAAUAUUCAAUGUAUCAAAUGUUAAUUUGGUUUGAUAAGUAUUGCUGAUGUUGAAUAAUAAAAUGAAUAAAACAUUAAAAUAACUUAAAUAUUGAUUUAAAAUAGCAAUUGUGGUAGGACUGGUUGUCUUUCAGUUAUUAAAAAUAGAAAUGAGUUAAAUAUUCAAGAUCUUACUUAAAAUUAUAGAAGAUUGUAAUAACACAAUUAUGAAAAUCUUUUAAAUAGCAUCAAUAAUUAAAUGAUUAUAGAAGAAAGUAAAUUUAUAAAUAACACUGCAUUGUAUGGUGGUUCGCUUUUAGUAAUUAGGAUUAAUACUAUAAUAAGGGGUUGCAUUUUUUAAAAUAAUUUUGCAGAUAUUGGAGGUGCAAUUUAUUAUGAAUCUGAAAAAGAAGAAAUAUAAAUUUUAAAUUCUAAAAUAAUUGAAAAUAAUGCAAAGAUUGCAGGAGGUUUAUAUUUAAGUUCUUAAUCACUUCAAUUAACUAAGUAAUUAGAUUUAUAAUUGGAUUAUAAUAAUUCAACCUUAUAUGGAUCAAAUGUAUUGGAAAAACCAAGAUCAUUAACAUUAUUAAUUUAUGAAGGUUUAACAUUAAUGGAGAAGAAAAAAAUAAAAAAUCAUAUUAAUGAAAUUGUUGAACAAAUUAUUAUUAACCCUUAUAAGAUUUUUGGUUCCUCUUCUGAAUAUUCAUAAUUAAUAUUGCCUUCUGGAAUAAGAAUAAAGAAUUAUAGGUAUUUUGAUCCAAUAAAAUCUGAAUUUAUUCCUUAUAAUUUUAAAUUCAGAAUUAUUGCUUUAGAUAAUUUUUAAGAAUAAAUUAUGGGUUUGUCAGGUUCUUAGUGUACUUUAUAACCAUAUGGUUAUAAUUUAAGUUCUUAAAAAGAGGAAUAGGAUGUUUAAUUUAGUUUAUCUUAAUAUGAUGUCAUAUUUGAUGAUUAAACAGGUGAUUAUAAUUUAGAUAAUCUAAUAAUAUACUUCAAUCCUACUUAUGAUCAAGAUAUUGUACUAAGAUUAUAAAUAUAAUGUAAUAGUGUUUCUGUACCUUUAUAUUAAAAUAAUCCACCUUUUUAAAUUUAUGAUUAUGUUACAAAUUAUAAAUUAUAAGUUGAUAUUCGAACAUUUCCUUGUUAAUUAGGUGAGUUUUUAAAUUAAACUUCUGGAGGAUGUGUUCUUUGUGAUAAAUUUUAAAAUUAAUACUAAGUAUCUAAGACAGCUUAAAAUUGUAGUUAUAAAGAUGAUAAAAAAAUAAAAUCAGUAGAAUCAAGCAUGAUUGAAUUAAGAGAGUAUUAUUGGAGAGCUUAUUAUUAUAGUGAAAGAAUUGAAUAUUGUUAUCAUUUAAUAGAGAAUUGCAAAGGUGGUUGGAGAUCAGGAGAUGAUUCAUGUAUAUUAGGACACAUAGGAGCAUUAUGUGAAUAGUGUGAUUUAUAUAAUUCUAGAGGAAGUGGAUCUUAUUGUGUAACUUCAGCUUAUUAAUGUGGAAGUUGUCAUGAAAUAGCUUAUUAUGUUAUUACAAUAAUAUUUGUGAGUAUUUGGACUUUGAUUUCAACUUUGAUGUCAGUAAGUAGCACAAAAAUAAUAAUUGAAGAAUUUAUUAAAGGAAUGAGUUUAAAGGCUUUUGGAAUAAGAUUAGCAAUAAAAGAAGCUCAAACUGCUAUUCUUAUUAAAAUAUUUACAAAUUAUCUUUAAAUUAUAUCAACCAUUUCUACAUUUUAAUUGUAAAUUCCAGUAGGAUUAACCUCAGUAAUCAAAAAUGUUGGUAAUCCUAUUGAGUCACUUGCUUAUUCUCUAGAUUGCUUCUUAGUUAACAUAACAGAUAUUUAAAUAAUAUACUUUCGAAUAAUUUGGUGCUUAAUUAUUACUUCUUCUUAUUUAAUUGUUAUUUUUAGUUUUAUUGCAAUCACAAUAGUUACUAAACUGAUAAAAUUCAACUUUUCUUUUAUUUCUACAUCUUUAAUAUAUUUAUUCAUAUUUUUAUAACCAAAUUUAAUUGGAAUUACAAUAUCAUUAUUAUCUUCCAGAAUCAUUUCAGAUGAAUAAUGGAUUUAAGGAAAUGUUGCUUAUAGAUAUGAUACUAUAUAACAUUCUAAAUGGGCUAUCACUUUUUGUUUACCUUUACUUAUAACUUUUGGUUUCGUACUUCCUGCCUUUUUAUGGUAUGGACUUUAUAAAAAUAAAGAUCAUCUAGAUUUUUCAUUAGUUAGAAAAAGAUGGGGAUAUUUGUAUAAUGAAUAUAGGAUUCAUGUCUAUUUCUGGGAAACAUUCAAGAUAAUGUAAAAAGAAAUUAUUAUUAUUGUUUUGGCUUAUUAUGAUGAUCUUGUCCCUAUUAAAGCAUCUUUAAUAUUUCUAGUUUUAUUUGGCUAUAGUUUUAUAGCAAUUAAAUAAAAACCAUAUAUGACUGGAUAAUUAAAUUUAAUUGACACAUAAUCAACAGUUAUUUGUGCUAUAUCAAUUAUUUUGGCUAGUUCAAUAUAUACAGCAAAAUAAUAAUAGUUGAAUGAAAUUAUAUGGCCCUUUUAUAUAAUAAUUACCCUCCUUAAUACUUACUAUAUGCUUAGAAUGAUUAUAUUAAUUCUAUUUGCAUAUUUCCACAAACUUCAUGAUAAAAUAGACAUUUUAAAAGAAUUUAUAUCAAAAUAAUUGCCUAUUGUUCAAUCUAAUCCUUCUUUCAAAAAAUUAUUUGACACUCACAAAAAUUAAUAACUCAGAAUUAAACAAAAUUUUGCCAAGUUGAGAGACUACCUAAUACCUUAGGCUCAUUUAAUGAUAGAAUUUAAAAAGUAAAAUUCAAUAAUAUUUAUUUAGAUUAAAAUUAAUACAACCAUCUUCAACAAAUAAUUUUAUAAAAACUUAUGUUAAACAGAAAAGUGAAACUCAAUAAUAAUUUUCUGCUGAAAUCUCUCAUGCGAAUAGUCCUAAUCAUUUAAAUAUUCUAUAACAGAGUCAUGCCAAAAAAAAUGAAUUUUCAUUUCCAAAUUCAAAAAGAGAAUAAUAAUCAUUUUUUAUUUCGUUCCAAAAAGAUAAUAAGAAACAACGCUAAAACGCUGAAAAUCGAAAAGGAAAAAAUGUUUGA